AUGGUAGGAGAGCCCCACGAGGAUUAUCUCGAUGCUCCAAAAUCCAGGGCCAAGUCCCCGGUCCCGGCCCGGUUGAGCCCUUUCGCCAGCGGGGUUACGGAACCCACCACUUCGGUCGAUUUCGCAUCGUCCUUCCCAGCUCCGCCGCGUCCUUUCUUCGAGGAGCCGCGGCCAUCCAGCUCCAGUGUGUACCUUGAUUUGGCUUCAGAACGGCAAUCCGUGCGCACCACGCACCAGGACUUGGAGCACGAGCUCUUACAGUCUAUGCGCUCCCUAGAUCUAAUGCCCAAAAAGCACGCUGUUAGCAAUGAAAUACCGUCCAUUUUCGAAGGUUGCGCCCCUGAGACCAAGCCUUUGCCUCUGCACCACGACAAGCAGUUCUUUAUAAUGUCAUCUGCCGGGAAACCUAUAUACACCAUGCACGGCCAGGACGAGCUUGUAAUGGGCCUUAUGGGUAUUAUCCACACGGUCAUUAACUACUUCAAGCUUCACGACACCAAGGUGCAUUCAAUUGUCAACUCAUCUGGCAGCUCUGUCAAGCAAAGGUUUGUAUUUCUCGAUAAAUCGCCAAUUAUUCUAAUGGCAAUGUCUGCACGGGAAGAAUCCACAAAUGAUCUGCUGCAACAGCUUGACUUCCUCUACUCUUACCUCAUUUCAACGUUGAGCAGGAAACAACUAACACGCUUGUUUUCUAAGCGCGAGAAUUUUGACCUGCGGCGCUUCCUUACCGAUUCUGACUUUCAAAAUCUCAACCAUAUAUGUGACUCUAUUUCGAGAGGAUUCAACCCUGAAUUUUUGCUAGGGGCGCUGCGGUGCCUCCCACUGCGAAAAUCAACACGUCAGAUCAUUGACAACACAAUGCUUGCACAGAUCCAAGACCCGGGGACCAAUGUCGGAAGAGGUACAUUGCUUUAUGGUCUCAUUGUUGCUCCAGGCGGACAGUUGUGCUCGGUUUUAAGACCAAGAGGCCAUACGUUGCACACCACGGACCUACAUCUAUUAUUCUCUCUGGUUUUUAACCAAUUUCAAGGGUUGCAAGACGAUCAAGAACUUUGGCUACCCAUCUGCUUCCCGAAAUUCAACUCUAGUGGCUUUCUUCACUGUUAUAUACGGCUUCUUCCUCAUCACGCGUCGAAGCCAAGGCCAGCAGAUGCACGCAGCACUGUCUCUCAUUCCCAAGAACCAUUGGACUCUCUAAGCCAAAUUCGGAACCGCACAGAUCUCUCGUCCACACGUCUUAGACCUGCUUUAGUGUUGAUAAGUGCUCAAAAAGAGAGUUUUUUUGCCUUGAAGAAGAUUGGUCAAGGUAUUAUAGAUGAGCUUGAUAGACAGGGGAUUACUAACCAGAUAUCAAUGGCCUCGGAUUCAGGAUUCACCAUGGCCGACAUCCCUGCAAAAUUCGUGCAUCACUUCAUUUACAAAUCCAAAAGACACGUACAAUACGUUAUGCCACAUCUCGGACCACUAGCCGACUUGAGUUUCCCUAUUAUUGAUGACGACUCAAGAAGCACUUUUUCAGUGGAGGGAAACCAGGAUAACCGCUCCGAGGAAAAUGGUCCGGGGGCGGCAUCUUCCAACGACAAAACACGUCAGAAACUUUACCUCCAAAAACUCAUGAGCUAUUACACCCAUAUAAGGAACAACGCGGUCAGUGAUAACGGGAAGUCUUUCAAUAAUUCGACUUUGACGUUCAUUAAAUGGUCAAAUGAUCAGCCUUCGCUAGAAGGUCUCCCGUCGGGUGAACCGAUAAAUGUACUCUGCCUAGCAUGGCUAACUCCCACUUUCGAGUUGCUGUUAAUUUGCAACAAUGGCGUAAGCGAUCGGAAUACGGCCCUGAAAAGCGCCAAGAACAUAGUUGACUGGUGCAGAAAAAAUGAGCAUAGGUUAUUUGUCAGUAAUGGAGCCAUUUUUUGA